AAUGAGCGGUGGCUGUCGGGAGCGGAGCAGCAGCGUGGAGGCAGCGAGCAGCGGCCCGGGGCUCAGUCAGCCCGGAUUCAAACCCUCAACCAGCCCACACACACUGCAGCACCGCCAGCCGGCCCGAGCACCAUGCCCUGCCGGAAGGAGAACUACAUCUUUCUGGAGCAGUCGGUCACCGUGGACUCCAAAGAGGUGGACGCGCUGGUGACCAGAAUCGGCGAAGCUCUGCAGCUCCACAACAACAACAGCGGCGGCUGCGGCCAGAAGACGGUGUCGGUGUCCGUGUCCUGCCUGCACGGCCUCUCCGGCGGCGGGGCCAAGCCGGCGGCGAUGCUCGGCGGCGGCACCGCGGCUCCGGGGCAGAAGCGCGGCGGCUGCUGCAUGCGGCUCCGGAGCCGCGGGCACCGGGGGAGCAGCAGGGCGAGCCCGUACAACAUCCCCGGGUCCAACGGGGACCAGGACUGGGACCAGAUCAGACCGUGGAACAAGAAGAGGGUCGGCGCGGAGGAGGACGACCCGCACCGGCUCCUGCAGGAGUUAAUUCUAUCGGGGAACCUGAUCAAAGAGGCCGUGAGGCGGCUGCAGUUCUCCGCCGCAGACUGUGCAGAUUUCCCGCAGGUGGCGGACACCGUGCCGAGCUGAUACCGGGACGCACCGGGACUCACCGGACGCACCGAGCCCCCGGCGGCCGGACAGCCGCACGGACCCGGACUCACGGACAGUGUGACCGAGACUUUACAGGACUGGUAGCUUCGUUUAUUAAUUUCAUUAGUUUGUUACGAUGCGUCGGCUAGCAGUUAGCCUAGCUGACCUGCUAGCCCCUCGGCUGCUGAGCCGUGAUGUUUAUGUUCAAUGUGUCAGAGUGGGGCAGACCUCCAGGGGGGGGGGAGCUAGCAGGCUAACGCUAGCCCCUCGUCACUCCCGUGAUUCCUGAACAAUGGAAGUUCUUCUCAGCCCGUUGGAUGAUGGCGUCACAGGAAGUUGGAGCUUCCUCAUUGUUUUUGUUUACCACUUCAUCCCGGAACUGCCUCGUGUUUUGACUUGGCGUCUCCAUGGAGCUGUUCCCCGCUCUGACACCAGGGGGAUGGGGGGGCGGGUGGUUCGGUUUGUUUACAGUCUGAUGCUGGAAGCUGCUGUACAAAGAGAGAAGGGGACCCCCCCCCCCCUUCCUGUCUGUUCUCUCAGUUCAUUUCAUGUUGUUCAGUUUGUCCUUUAACUCAGAGCAGAUGUCUCUGAGCUGCAGCUCCAAGCGUGUCCUCAGUGUCUGAGGGGAACGUCACACACACACACACACACACACACACACACACACACACACACACACACACACACACACACACACACACACAGGGAUGAGGAAGAGGAGAAGACACCAACACCGGGCUCGGUGACGUGAAGCCAUUUGUCUGUAGUCUGUGUCUGGAGGUCGAUGGUCACAUGACUCUGGUGGUGCUUUCACAUUUUUCCAGAAUUCCAGUGAGGAGUUCUGUCUGUUUUGUAUUUGUUUCUUCUGUGUAAAGAAAAAUCACCACGACUGCUUCGUAACGAAGUUCCCGAUAAUGUUCCUGAGUAUUCAGGCCUUUUUUUGUUGUUGUCUUAAUAAACACUUUUGUUUUUCCAAA